GUGUUUUAUGUUCCUUCACUUGCAAAAAAACUAUGGCGUCGGUUACUUUCCUUCACCUUCACGACCCAGAGGAUGACGUCGUUUGCGACAACCACCACCGCUACCAGACCCCGAUCUUUGAUUCCCACCCUUACUGGUCUCCUGAUUUCCAUUUCGCUGAUCUCCCUCACCGGACGGCGACGUUUCACUCCCGGAUUCCUUCACUAUCAAAUUCCCCGAUCUCUUCGAUCGCCGUGAGAACCAAGUCGACUUCGUCAUCGAUCUCUUCCACCAACGCGUCGAACAGUCUCAGGUUUGUCCGUUAAUGUCCUCGAUAACAACAAUUGCAGUUCUGGUAAUGGUAUUAGCAAUAAUGAUGCCGUUGAUUUGGUUUAUGAUGCUUUGAGAUAUUCGGGUUUUGGUGUUAUGGAGGAGAACCAUGAGCUGGAUUUAGGGUUAUCGUUAGGGUUUGAUUCGAUGGAUCGUCAUGAGCGUGAUGUUGAGAUUGAUAUUGGUGGUGGCGAAUAUGACGACCUCCAGUUCUUUAUGGAAAGGAGGGUUUCUGGGCAGACUGCGAGUGAUGCGGCUUCCACUUUUAGUGGUGUUGAAAGGUUUGAGGAUAGCAUUCGGAUUGUUGGGCUUAGGUCCGAUUCAGAGGACGAUGAGGAUAAUGAGAAUGAUAAUCGGGCGCUAACAAUUGAUUUGAAUUCUGGGGAUGAUUAUGGAAUUGAUGAUCAUGUUAAUGAUUGUUAUAAUGUUGAUGCUGUUGAUGACGUGAGUGUUAGUAUUCCGCUUUUCUGGGAUUCGCUUCAAUUGGAGGAUCGUGGGGAGACUGUUGAAGAUUUCGAGUGGGAGGAAGUGGAUGGUAGGAUUGAUGAGAGGGAUGUUUUAAGCGUGUUUGUUGAUGGCGAUGAUGAUGUGAAUUCGGUUUCACUUUCCAUUUCCCCUAUGGUAGCACCUGAAGAUGUGGUUAGUUUGGAGAGGGAAGCUGCGUUGGAGACUCUGGAGUGGGAGGUUCUGUUGAAUGCUAAUAACUUGGAAACGGCCGCAGAAAUGGAUGAAAAUGCUGAGCCAUUUUUUGCUGAUCUUCAUGACUAUAUUGAUUCUGCAGAAUAUGAAAUGCUGUUCGGUCAGUUUGCUGAGAAUGAGAAUGUGUUUAUCAGGAAGCCUCCGGCUUCAAAAUCUGUAGUUGAGAAUCUUCCUUCUGUUGUUGUGACUCAGGAGGAUGUGGUGAAUAGUAAUGCACUUUGUGCAGUUUGUAAGGAUGAAGUUAACCUUGGUGAAAAAAUGAAGCAGCUGCCAUGCACUCAUCGCUAUCACAGAGAUUGUAUUGUACCCUGGCUGGGAAUAAGGAAUACCUGCCCUGUUUGCCGUCAUGAGUUGCCAACAGAUGAUGCUGACUAUGAAAGGAGAAAGUCCGUAAGAGCUGGGCGUGCACUUUCAGGGUAAUUUAUGAUCUUCUGUGUUUUUCAUGCUCUGUUUGGCAUUAGGUUGCUAAGAAUGUAGUUAUUGUUUUUGGAAAGUAUCAAUAUCGAUAUUUAGGAUAAUGUAUUCUUCACAAUUUUAUGAGUAUUUAAUAUGUUCUUUUUUAA